AUGAAAGCGGACGCAGUCGACCACGACGACAAACCGGUGUGUCGCGCGCGUGCUCCUUUGACACUCGAACUACUUGAUGCGAACUUGAACGCGACAGAGGCGACGGCGACGGCGACGGCGACGGCGACAACGACGACGAAGGUCGCCUUGCAGCCGCAACUGGUUUACACGCCGGAUCCUAGAUCGCGUCUGGGGCCUCACCUCGCCCCACUCUCCAUUCCACUCGCGGUUUCAGUCUCCGGUCAUUUUCUGCUCAGAAGUACUACCACUCAUGGCAUGUGUCCAUCUGUCGGAUGGACCUCGAACUCAUAUAUUCAAUGCUAG